AUGUCCAUCCUUCAGAAACCCUUCCGACACCGUGCCGUGGAACCGACACGUGCCGUCGCGUCGGUGGGCGUUUCCGGCGCCUCGGACGAGGUUUGUGAUGGGAGCAAUUCCCUGGAGUACCUGGGGAAUAUGACCUCGGAUGAACUGCUUGGCCGGGACUACAUGCAGGCGAUGUCACGCAUGUUGGUGCUCCCUUGCGGCGGCACCACGGUGAAUUCCACUGGAGGCCUCUUAGAGACAGGAGUGGUGAGCUGCCGACAGGCCUUUUGUCCGGAGGGCGUCUCAGAAGAUGAGGCCAGACGAUGUCAAGAGAACUGUCGCAGUCAUCCCUUCUUCUGCAAAGAGACAUGCGAAGCCAAUGAGCAGUCCGGCGCGUGUCAAUCCUGCCGUCGAGAGUGUGAAGCUGCAUGCGAAUGCAGUAGCUACUGCGAACCUCUAAUGAAGGAUGCAGCUCUCUGUGUUGAGCAGGGUGGGCGUUGGCAGCAAGCUUUGAGCCAGAACUUCGACAACGUCCUGUCCUCCAUGUUGACCCUCUUCGAGAUCUCUAGCACGGAAGGUUGGGCGGAUGUGAUGUAUCAGGCAUGUGACAGCUAUGGCCAGUUCAUCGAGCCGGUGCGGAACUACAGCGAGUGGCUCUUCGCACCCUUCUUCGUGGUCUACAUGAUUUUCUCGCACAUGUUCAUCAUCAACCUGAGCGUGGGAGUCAUCGUAGACAAGUUCAUGGACUUAAAGCAGUCGGGAAAGCGCGAUGUGCUCCUGACGACGGCGCAACUGAAGUGGCUGGACUCCCAACGGCUCUUGACAGCGACGCGCUUCGACGUCACGAACCUGCACAAGAUGCCAUGGCUUCAGCGGAAGGUCUAUCAUUUCAUCAGCAGCUUUCGCUUCUCCGCCUUCAUUCUGGUGGCGAUUGCUCUGAACUCUGCGUUGAUGGCGAUGCAAACCUUUCCAUCGCAGAUCGAGAGCUGGGACGAGGUCAUGUACGUGGGAAAGCGCUGCUUCUCGGCGAUCUUCACGUUGGAAAUGAUGCUGAAGAUCUACGCCCUGCGCUCCGCCUACUGGGAGGACAGCUGGAACCGCUUCGACUUCUUUUGUGUCAUCGUCUCACUGCUUGGAAUCAUCCUGGAGGACACCACCACGUUAAACGUCACGGGCGUCACUUCAGUCUUUCGGGUUCUGCGACUCUUCCGAUUGAUGAAAUACCUCAAGGGUGUGAAGAAGAUUUUUGUCGCACUUGCUGCGUCUGUACCCAAAUUGGUGAAUGUCAUGGCGAUCUUGCUGCUCCUCUUGACCUUGUACAGCAUCUUGGGAGUCAGUUUGUUCUCCACUUUGAAAUUUUCUUCUGAAAGUCCGCAAUGUAAUUUCAAAGACUUUGUCCAGGCGUUUAUCACCCUCUUUCGGGCCUCCACGGGUGAAGCCUGGAACGAAAUUAUGCAUGACAUUGCGCGAUCUCCGAAAGAGAUCUUUGCAUCAGGCGACUGGUGCACGCCCGAUUAUCUCUUUGACACUGAGAAUCAGUUUGAGGCUCUCUCCGAGAAAUGCUUAAUUGAGAGGCCCGGACGCACGGUGAUACGCUGUGCCGUGGGCGGAGUACCGCUGUGGGCGAAGUGGCGUGACGGCGACAAGGCUCAUUUGAACCCAUUUUCUGCCCACAAGCAGGCCAAGAAGAAAGCUGGUACCGUCAAGCGGCCAGCUAGCACCAAGUACUCUUGCCGCUAG